GGGGCCGGUGUGGAGGUUUGUCGGUGCCACCCAGCUCACCGGCGACACGUCGCAUGGAACCGAAAAUAGACCUCUUUUCUCUCCGUUAUUUUACAGCCUACUAGAAAAUUACUUCUUUGAUUGACUAAACUUAUCCAACAUAGGUAAUUAAAGUUUAAUUGACUGCGUCAAGCUUUUUUUAUCGGGCUGAAACUUGAACAAAACAGCGCUCAGUUGUUUUUAAUGCGUUUGGAAGGAGGUUCGCUCAGCGCGUUGACACCGGACCUGAUAAUUACGUGAGACUAUAGUUUCUUCAGAGUGCUGGUCAUUGUCUGCCGGCUCCCUGCAGACAUGUGGCGCAGAUUCUCACUGCUGCUUUUAUGCUGUGCUGUAAGUGGUCUUCAUGCUCUGGACGCGCACACAAGCGCGGAGCCUUCGCGGGACAAGAUGCUGUCGACCCUGCUGGGGCGCCGGAGAAAGACGCUCCCUCCGCGGCUGUACUGGAGGACAGUCUGCGAGGCGGGGAGCAGCAGUCCCCGCAGAGAGACGCUGCUGCAGUGGGUGCGGAGAGGAGAGUUCAGCAGCCCACCGCCAAGCCUCUGGAAGAAGAGCUGGACAACCAAGAGAACAUCAUUAGCCAGUUGCUGGGCGAUUACGACAAAGUAAAGACUCUGUCGUCAGGGUCCGACUGUGUGUGUCGCUGUAUCGUUCGACCAAUCAAACGCUCUGACUGCAGCCGUAUCCACGACGGCGACCCGGCAUCAGCAUCCGAGAAUUUUUACACUGUGGAGACGGUCGCCAAAGGGACAGACUGCAAGAAAUGUGUGUGUAUGGCUCCGCCUUCAGCCGUCAACCCCUGUGAGGGAGAGUACAGGUUCAAAAAAUUACAGGAUGCCAGCAAAGAUGACAUUAAGCUGGCAACUAUCAUCGACUUGCUGGAGGGCUCCUUGUAUGGUAUGGACUUGUUAAAGCUUCACUCUGUCACCACCAAGCUGCUGAGCAGGGUGGACAACAUGGAGAAGGCCUUUGCCCGUAAUCUUACUGAGAGAGCUAAAGAGAAAGAACGUGUGAAGGACAAAGCAAAAGAAAAGGAGAAAGAGAAGAAGACCCAGGAAAAAAAAAAGAAAGUUACAGAUUUGGCGCGUGCAGGACAGAAAAGUGGAGCAGCUGCUUACGCCAACAAUAAGAAGACUUAUGAAGGUCAGCUGAAGAAGAACCAACAGCAAGAUGGUCUGGAACAACACCAAACCAGGAAUAAGACAAGCACUCAAAAGCCAAUGAAAAGCAAGACAGAGCCAAAGCAGCCAAUCAGAGAUAAGAACAGCAUGGUCGUCAAGGGUGUGACCUAUUACAAGGCGGAGGAAGAGAGCUACAAAGAGGAGGAGGAGGAGGAGGAGGAGGAGGAGAAAGGGAUAACUAAAACUGCAAGUGCUUCAGUGGACUUACUGAUCUCUGACCAGCUACGACCUACCAGGAGUUCAGGACCUUCAACCGCUGUUACAACAGGACUAGACUUUCAGGACGAAUCAACAAGACGGAUCACCCCGACUACCACGCAAAAAACCACAACUACAAACAAACCCACUCCCACCUCCUUCAAACCAACACCUGAAUUAACUACUAACGUACCACCAACAGCUCCAAAACCAACGACAGCCAAACUGACAACUACUUCCCAACAAACUACACUCGCUAUACACACCACCUCACCUCCAGAUACCAAUGUGGGUCCACCCAUUGAUGCGUCUCCCACGGUAGAGUCUCAGCCAGGACCCAAGAGUCGACUCAGCUGGACGGAGAGCCCAGCUGACCAGCCAAAGACCACAACAAAGCCUGCGGUCUGUAAGGACACAGUGGCCAGCAUCUCUGAACCGGUCCAGCAUAACUCUUACGGCCUUAGUGACGGGGCCUGGAUGAGAGACGCUCGCGGCCACGGCAGUGUCAUCUACCUCACCAGCGGUCAUUACGGCAGCGACCUUCUAGAGUUCCGAGACAUGGACACCUUCAAAUCAGGUCAGGCAAGUAAUUCCUACAAGCUGCCCUACAGUUUCACUGGAACAGGCCACGUCGUGUUUAAUGGAGCUUUCUACUACAACCGGGCCUUCAGCAGGGACGUCAUCAGAUACGAUCUGAGACACAGAUAUGUAGCAGCCUGGACCACACUGCAUGAUGCUAUACUGGAGGAGCAAGCUCACAGGACGCAAACUGAAGUGGAGUUUGCUGUUGACGAGUCCGGCCUCUGGCUGCUCUACCCGGCUGUGGACACAGAGGGCUUCCACCAGGAAGUAAUCCUGCUCAUCCACGUCCACCCCCGAGACCUGCAGCCAAUAAGGAGCUUCCGCACAGGCCUUCGGCGUGGCCGCUAUGGAAACAGCUUCCUGGUUUGCGGCGUGCUUUAUGCAGUGGACAGCAUGGAGCGCCGCUUCGCUAACGUGACAUACGCCUUUGACACGCACACGCUCACGCACACCGUGCCGAGCCUGGCGUUCACGAACAUGCACGCGCACACCUCCCAGCUGGCUUACUGCCCACUAAUCAAGAAACUUUACGCAUGGGACAACGGACAUCAGAUGACGUAUGAUGUCAUCUUUGCUUAUUAGCGCCAUGAAUGGACGCACAGAUGAAGAAACUGUGGUUAGCAUAUCCGGCAAGAGGUCAAACCAAAGCUGAGGAGAAAGGAAAUAAGAUAAUAACUGUACAGAUAUUUGAUCAUUGUUUUGUUUCUACAUGACUGUGGAUCAGUCUAACUGAAUGUGUUUUUAUAUUGACCUCAGCUGCUGCUUCGCCACACACACCAAAGUUAGUAUUAACCAGCAAGAGCAGCACGUAACUCACAAGAGAAGUCAGAAAACAAGUCGAAAUAUGUUCACAUUUGGAAAAGGACAAAACCCCACGGUCAUGUAAAUAAAUGUAAACACGUCUUACUGUUUCUCCUAAUGGAAAUGUUCCUCUGAGUUUAGAAAAAAACUGUGUAUAACUGUUCUACUGCAUAAUGACAAUGUAGUGGAGAAACUGAGGAAUUGAACAUGAUUGAGUGCACAACUGUCCCAAAUUUAACCAUAAAAAAAAUGGUUCUAAAAAUGAUAAUAAUUCAUCCUCCGUUCUUAGAGAAAAGUUGAGUCUGUGGGGAAAUUAUUUGGGGAAGUUAUUUAUAUUGCUCAAAUUCAUAACAGAAGUUGUGUCAUUGUGCUUUUCAUAUGGAGCAGGUCCAGACCGUACUCUUUGUAAUAUUAUUUACAGAGACGCAACAAUUCCCAGCAUGAGCAAGCACUUGGCAAUUGUGGCAAGGAAAAACUUUUUGCAGGCUGAAACCUCGGGCAGAAGCUAAACUCAGGGUGUACACACACACACACAUGUACACACUUUACACGCAAGGAAUUCACAUAAAGAAACACAAUGCUUAGAAAUGUUCUGCCUCUAAACACAGAUCAGGUUGUGGUUUCUGUCAUGACCUUUCAUAAGUUCAGUUAUUGUGUAAAACAGGAUUGAUAUAGUUUGUAUAUUUGAGGUUUUCGAGACCUCACUUUGUCUAAUUUAGGGGAAUAAACUUUGCAGAGUUUACAUAGUUUACUAGCGCCUAUACAGCUUGUGAAAUCAGCUGGUCUUCUGCUCUGGAGGUUUGUAAAGUCUAAGACGAUGAUGGUUAGGAUGUCAUCGGGGUUAUUCAGCUGGUUAUGUCGGAUUUAAGACUACAAAUAUUCUACAAUUUACUUUAUAACUUCACUUGCUCAGAUGGAGGAAUUAAGUUACUAAGACCUCGGCAUUGACCAGGCAGGGAGGGUCGGAUUGAAAGAUGCUAUUGGUUGUAUUUUGGGAUAUGUAGGAUCCAGCGUUUAAGGAUUAAAAGUGAAGAUAUCUGAAGAAUCCUGAACACAUUUAGCUGUUGUUGUGAUGAUCAAAUCACAUCUGCCUAUUAAGACUUUCCAAAACCUCUGAUCGAUAAGCUACUGUAAUGGUGCUGAAAAUCAGGUAAAACUGGAUUUGCCCAGUCCAAAUAUACAAUGUUCAAUUCCAGAGAGUAAUAACUCAUUCUGAUAAUGACGAAGAUAUUUUAUGCUUCAAGUGUUGCAUAUGUAAUGAAAUAGCAACCUAUUUUCUUAUAUGCUCAAAGUCUAUACUGUAUGUUUUUUUUACUUUAUGUCUGUUUAGUGUGUCAAACAUUUAGCUGCACUCCUGUCCAGUGAUGUUUAUCAUAAGUCCAGUUGGGAACAGGAAUGGAAGCUUUAA